AAGGUUAUGUUUGUAUUUACAUUUUACUCUUACUGCAGUUUUUAAUUCAGUACAUAAUUUUCUUAAUAAACCUCCAAUUAAAACGUUUCAUAUACAAAAUACUCCUAUGAAAGAUCUACCAAGUUUUUUAAAGACAGCCUACCUGCUUAAAUUUAAAAUAUAAUUCACCAGAAGAAUUAUGUCUAAAAUAUUAAUAAUAAGACAUUUACCCCAAAAUUUAUCCUUCCAAGACAAGCAACAACUUCUAAAGCACUUUGGUGCUGACAAAGUAUGGGAAACAAAUAAAAAACGAAAUUAUAUAUUUGCUUCAUUUUCUACAUUAGAGAAAGCAAAAUCAUCGCUACAAAGAUUACAUCAGUUAGAAAUAGCAAAACGACGUCUCGUAGUAGAAUAUUCAUUUGAAAGUCAACCAUCCUCUGAAAAAGAUCAGGAACAAGUAAAGGAAACUUCAAGUACAACAAAUAAAGUUAAGGAUUUUCUUCAAAUUUUAAAUGCUUGGAACCCUUCGGUUAACUUUUAUCAACCACCUCUUCCAUACCUUAAAUAUAAAUAUCCAAAUAUAGAUACAAAAAUUGCUGUCAACAUUAUAUAUUCACUAUUCCAUCAUGAACCAUUUUACAUCCAAACACUACAUCUCAUGAAUAAGAUGAGUUUAAAAGAACCUUUUAGUGAAAACAUAGAAGCUUCCAUUUUUUUUAAAGAUACCUUUAGACCUAUGUUUAUUGAUGAGAUAGCUGUGCCCCCUCCUGUUGUGUCUAGUGAUGUAGAAUCAGAAAUUGAAUCCUGUGAUGAAAGUGUAAAACAAAAAACCAUAGUUAAAAUUAAGAAAAGAAAGCACACCCUACCAGUUACUAGAAAAAGACCUGCUGCUAUAUUGGCAACAGCAAAUAUUCCAGCAGCGAAGAAAGUUCACCUAAAUCAAGAAGUAUUUGACAUCACACCUGUUGCAGAACCGAAAAAAAUAUCAUUAGUAGUACAUCAGAAUGCAUUAGUAAAACCAUGCGAAGAACCAGAGAUAAUUGGAGAGCUUGGGAAAUUUGCUAAAGAAGAAAAACCUGUCGAACAUAAUAUUGAAACUAUUGAACCUGACAAACCUACAAUAUCUAAAAGAGAGCUGUUACAAAAUCGCAUUUCACAUAGUGAUAUGAAGAUCCUUCCUGUAUUUAGGCAUUAUCAUCCUGGACAGCCAUCACUGAGACUUUAUAUAAAGAAUUUAGCUAAAUCAGUAACUGAACAAGAUGUUAAAAGGAUAUUCAAACGUUACAUUGAACAUUUACCAGAAGAAGAACAGAAUGGUUUUGAUGUACGGGUGAUGCAGGAAGGGCGCAUGAAGGGGCAGGCAUUUGUUACCUUCCCUACAUUAAAGUUAGCUGAAAAUGCCCUAAAUGAAAGUAAUGGUUAUUUACUUAAGGAUAAGCCCAUGGUUGUACAGUUUGCAAGAGCAGCAAAUAAAAAGAGUGUAGAUUGAAA